UCCGGAUAAUAAGGAAUGGUAGAGGAACACACCAGGGAAUACGUAUUUACCCCUGUUGCUGCCGAGGCGCUUCUUCCCUGCUUCCAAUUUUCCGCCAAUAACUCCUGCCUAAGCGGCGUAUCAUUGUCCUUGUGCUCUAUUAGGCCGCGAACUGCAUUCCAAAGGGGCGUUUACGGCUUGCACCUUUCCCUCUGUGUAUGAAUGCAGCCAAAUCUUGUUCUUCCAUCCACAAUGGAAUGCAUUCAGCGUUGUCAACUGUUUUCAUCUCAGCACGCUCUCCGGUCUAUCGCUGAACGGGCUCAUAAACCACACAAAUGUCUUUGGGGCCACUGUUCUCGUAUUUUCCCUUCUCGGCAGAUGCUUCACCGUCACAUGAAGCAUCAUACUCUACAGACUUCCCCGGAUCCACGGUAUCGCUGCUAUUGGGGUGAAUGUAGUUCAGUACUUCGAUUUGACACUGGGGCUAUGCUCUAUGACCACAUGCUAUCAGAACACAUUGUGUCCCAGCCUUGGGAGUGUCCAUUCAUGGUGGUUCUGUUACACAAUUGGAGUACCAUGUUGAGGAGGUUCAUUCUGAUGUGAUCAGUUUGAAGCAGCUAGGCACCUUGACAUCACCAGGUCAAUUGGUGGAUCAACCACUCCCUGAUUUUGGGCCCCCCAUACAAUCAUUCAAACAUCAGUCAGAAAAAA